GCUGUAUUGCGGUAUUGAACAGCAAAUAAUAUUUUUUAUUAACAGAAAACUUAAUAAACAAUCAAUUAGACACCAUUGAGAUGUACUUACUUUCAACACAUUGAUUUAUUAAUAAGUUUCACUAGCUAUAACAAUGAUUACGCUUAAUAGAAAAUUAAAAAAGGAACAUACGGAGCCCACGAACGGUAUUAAAGUGGAUACGAACAAAAGGAUAUCAGUGAGAGACAAGUUGCUAGUGAAAGAGGUGCAGGAGAUGGAGGAGAACCUUCCGGGGACGUGUUCUGUGCAGUUUGAGGACCCGAACGUGCUCAGCGAGUUCACUUUGACAGUGGCUCCCGAUGAAGGUUUUUGGCAAGGGGGCAAGUUUAAAUUCAGUGUUUUUGUCACUGAAGACUAUAAUAUGGCACCUCCAAAAGUGAAAUGUCUAACUCGGUUGUGGCACCCAAACAUAAAUGUGGACGGAGACAUCUGCUUGUCCCUGCUGCGGCAGACCUCAAUUGAUGAGCAUGGCUGGGCACCCACUCGGAGACUCAAGGAUGUGGUGUGGGGCCUCAACUCUUUGUUUACUGAUCUCUUAAACUUUGAAGACCCUCUCAACAUCGAAGCAGCCGAAAUGUACAAGAAAAACAAAAUCGACUUCCAAGCUAAAGUCCAGGAGUACAUAUCAGGAGCUAAAGGCAAGAGAUGAAAUUCGGUUUCCCCAUACAGCAUCCUUAGGAAUCUUUGUACAUUAUUCAUCGUUUUUAUCUACCAUUAUUUUGUAGGUAAAUAUUUAAUACUCCAAAAGUGAUAAAUCUAUAUUUAAAUAAUUGACAUUUUAAUAAUGAUGGUGUUUUUUUGUAGCUGUGAUUUUAUAUGGUUGUGUUUAUUCGGUAUGGUUAAAUUCAAUUUUGUUAAAGGCAUUAUUCAGUAAUUAUUUCAAAAUUAAAGUACGAUUCUCACCGAACGGGCGGAGUCGGACCGCUUCGGAGCGCAUUUCAAAUUAGUAUACGGCCGCGAGCCGUCGGCUCCGGGCGGACGCCAUCGCUUCUGCUGUACAUAAUGUAUUUAAUAAUAAUAAUAAUUCAGCCUAUAUACCUGCCACAGCUGGGCACAGGCCUCCUCUCGUGUGCGAGAGGGCUCGGGCUAUAGUCCCCACGCUAUUGGGGACUUCACAUACACCUUUGAAUUUCUUCGCAAAUGUAUGCAGGUUUCCUCACGAUGUUUUCCUUCACUGAAAAGCUAGUGGUAAAUAUCAAAUGAUAUUUCUUACAUAAGUUACGAAAAACUCAUUGGUACGCGACCUCCGGAUUGAAAGUCGGACGUCAUAUCCACUCGGCCCCCACCGCUAAUAUAAUGUAUAGGCACAUUGAAAAUGCGCUCCGCCGCGGCCCGACUCCGCCCUAUCAGUAAGAAAUUUACUUAGAAAAGCGUAGCAUGAUGAAAUAAUUUUAAUGAAUUACGCGAUACUUUUAUAAACCAAUAGGGAAUAUUACGCGAAUGUCUGCGUAGGGGGCGCCACUACCACAAUCCAUCAUAAUCUGAGGGUCUGCGAAACAAAAAAAUCGAAAUUUCGUUAUCUAACCUCUCUAUCACUCUUGCAUAUUCGAGUGAUGGAGAGGUAGAUAACUAAAUUUCGAUUUUCGCGUUUCCCGGUAGGCCCUUUGUAAACAAACCGCCUUGAUGCAUCAAUGUCAUAUUUUAUUAUCUAUGAUAACUUGUCAAAAAGCAGUUUAACGGACAGUAUGUAUACUAUGGUGUGGAAUUAAAAAGUGAAAUCUCUUAUGGUAGAACUGCGGACAGUACCUAGUUGGUUACUAAAUUCUGUUACUGCAAUAAUCUUUAUCUACAUAAAAUAUACGAACGAAAGUUGAAUAAACUAUAUAUUAAAAUGAAGUACACAAAAUCAGGAAUUACAUAUGACAAUAUCAUUCAAAAUGGCCUCCUCUGGCCUUGACACAGGCCCUCAAACGACGAGGCCAGUCAUCAAUAGCGGCACGCACGAUUGUCAUGUCUAAUUCCGUCACUGUCUUAACUAUGGCCCGCUUGAGGGAGUCAAGAUUUGUGUGGGGUUUAGCACAGGUUUUCUCCUCAAUAACCUGCCAUAUAGCAUAAUCCGGGGGGUUAAGGUCCGGGCUGGAGGAUGGCCAGUCUUCGUGGGCAAUAAAGUCAAUUUUGUUCCUUCGAAACCAGGCUCGAGUUGUUUUUGCCUUAUGUACAGGAGCUGAGUCCUGUUCAAAGAUCCAUGGCUGGUUUUGAAAUAAGGUGUGGCUUAAGGGCUUCACUAUUGGUUCGAGAACGGUUUCCUAGUAAACUUUGUCCCCAGCUUUCACACCUUUUUCACAGAAAUGAACCUGUGUUAGCCCUGAGUAUGACACACCCAGCCAAAUCAUCACAUAAGAGGGAUGAUGGCCUCGUUGCACUCUCGGAACAGCCGCAAGCGCCUCUUGACUGUUUUUUGCAUACACUCAGUCAUUCUGGCGGUUACAACAUUCUUCAAUGGUAAUUUUUUUUUCAUUUGUAAAUAGUUGUUUUCGGUGGCCAUUUAGUGCAUACCGCUUCAAUAGCACGCGACUUCUCUCUAGCCUCAUAGUCUUUAAUCGUCCAUUAAGCAAAUGACCUUUUUGUCUGCGGUAAGCGUGUAGUCCAAGGUGUUCAUUGAUAACUUUUUUUAGGGAGCUUCUCUUCACAGACAUCUGUAUUGCCAACUUUUUCUUCCGGACGGGGUUUCUUGCAAUUCUCGCCUUUACUGCCUUUAUUGGAGCUGGGGUCCGAACGGUGCGUGGUCUUCCAGACCUCUUGCGGUCAUCGAAGCUCUGAGUACUAUAGUAUCUAUUAAUUGUGCGAUAAACAAAUUGUUUGUUGAUUUUUAGGUUUUCAAGCAACUUCAAAAUCAUGUUUGGCGGGUGCCCACAUUUGUGCAACGCAAUCACUGCGAUACGAUUCUCUUUUAGGCCCCAAUUCAUUCUAGAUACGAUGAGAUAAGCGUUAUGUGUGGUAGAGCUCACAAAUCCACCACAUUAUGUAAUUUUUAAUUUUUUUGGUAGCAUUUUUUUUAACGGAAAUAAAGAGGUUGCAAAUCGAGUAACAGAACUUAGUAACCAACUAGGUCUAGGUAUGUAUACUAUGGAGUGUGGAAUUAAAACGAGUGAAAUCUCUUAUGGUAGAACAGUUGCUGUUACAAAUCUCUCCAGAGUAGCGCUAGAGUAGUUAAGAACCUAGGCGUUAUUGACGGAGUGAAGUGCGCUGUCUAUGAUUUGAUAUUUUUGUUCAAGUAUUCAAGGUAUUGCAGCGCCACCUAUUGAAGGUUUUUUGAUGACACUUUUUGGUACAUGGAGAUUUCAUUCCUUAUCUCCACCUUCCAUAAUGUAUACGUCUAUGGUUUAGGAAAGGUGCUAGUGCUGCACUCUAGAGGCAGAACAUUGCAGUAAUACUCCCUGUUGACCACCGUUUGUCAUAUUGCUUGUCACGCACACACCAAUAUAAUUUAUACAAUUAAGCUAACAAAUAAAAACUUUAUACUUGAAAUAAUGCGUUAUAUUUUGAGAAAGUACGCCAUAACACCAAAGAGAAUUUGAAAUAGAGGCGGAUUAUCAAAGAUUGUGUAGCCACAGUACAUUUGCUGCCAUUUUUCGACACAUGAUUAAAACUUUUAGAACGCCAUUUGACUUUGUUCCUUAUUCUUUCACCGAUAUAUGUGUUAAUUUUUUUAAAUAUCAAAAAGUGGCGCCAUCUUACCGGGCGCAACCUAAAGGUUAUGGCGCUAUCGUUGCCGGCAUACCUUUGAUCUAUUAGAUGGCGCUACUUUUUAAGGUUCCGUACCCAAAGGGUCAAACGGGACCCUAUUACUGAUACUCCGCUGUCCGUCCGUCCGUCCGUCUGUCACCAGGCUGUAUCUCAUUAACCGUGAUAGUUAGCCAGUUGAAAUUUCUAUAUAUAAUGUAUUUCUGUUGCCGCUAUAACAACAAAUAGGUACUAAAAACAGAAUAAAAUACCGAAGUUAAGCAACGUCGGGCGGGGUCAGUACUUGGAUGGGUGACCGUUUUUAUAGAUAAUGGUACGGAACCCUUCCUGUGCGAGUCCGACUCGCACUUGGCCGGUUUUUGAUAUUUGAAAUGAAAUAAUAAACAGGUGUUUUCAAAUUUGAAUAACAAAACUCCCGUGAGACACAGAGAUGUUGAAUAAUUUAAAACGGGUCACUUAUCAUCAAUAUCAUCAUCAUCGAGUCAUCGUCCCGCAGUCUGCGCCGGUCCGUCAACGCAAGCUCCAGACGACACUCCUCGGUACGGAGUGAAACAUGUCGAGCGUCUUCGACUCAAAAUACGUGAGUGACCCGUUUUAACAUAUUUAAUAUGGCGUUCUAAAAGUUUUAAUCAUUUAUUUAUUAUUUAUUUAAUCUUUAUUGCACAAUACAUGAAGGUACAAAUAGCGGCCUUAAGGCAUUCUCUACCAGUCAAUCAUGUGUCGAAAGAUGGCAGUUAAUUUACUGUGGCCACAAAGAGUACAAAGUUUUCUUAUACAAUCCACCUCUAUUUCAAAUUCUCUUCGAUAACACGUGUUAAAAAAAAACAUUAUUGGCAUUGCUAGUACAAGAUUCUAGUCACGUAUUUGUAUAAACAUCCGUUGCAACUAUAUAUGUAUUGCUAAUUAAUGUGUCUGAUUAAGAGGAAAUAUGACGGCCGUUUCUCCAUACAAACGUAGUCCCCAUUUUCCUCCCUGGAUAUUGAUAUUAUGGAAAAUAUUUUUACAUAAUUUGAUGUAUAUUAACCAUAGCUAUGCCUCUACGUUUGACUUUUUUCGAUUUUUUUCUAAUUGUAAAAAUUAGGAGCGAGAAACAUAUUCAAUAAAAAAAAUCUUUUUACUCUUAUAAUUUUACAAUUUUUAAUGAAUUUAAUGAAUGAAUUUACUUAUAAAACACUAAUAUUGACUUGGAUCCAUCUAUAUUGUCUAUUACUAAGUCUACAGUUUUUUUUUUAAUAAUGAACAUAAGUCUACCUUAAGUAUAUGUGUAAGUUUAUCAAUAUAUAGUUUAAUAAAUAAAUAAUAAAUAUUAUAGGACAUUAUUACAGAAAUUGACAAAGUCCCACAGUAAGCUCAAUAAGGCUUGUGUUGACGGUACUUAGACAACGAUAUAUAUAAUAUAUAAAUAUUUAUAAAUACUUAAAUACAUAGAAAACACCCAUGACUCAGGAACAAAUAUCCAUGCUCACCACACGAAUAAAUGCCCUUACCAGGAUUUGAACCCGGGACCAUCGGCUUCAUAGGCCGGUCGUUUAUAUUCAUAUAUACUUAUAUACUCUCGGUUACAAAUUAAUUUACUUAAAAAGACACUGCACCUACUUAAUCUUUCUAGUUUAACCCAUUGGUUGACUGGUAUAGACUGCCUUAAGGUAUUAAGUCCGCCAUUUGUACCUUCAUGUAUUGUGAAAUAUACCUUCUCGGACAAGGUAAGGACGCUAAGCACAAAGAAUUUCGUACGUUUCCCAUCACUCGCACGCGCAUACCUAAAUUGCGGCCCGCCGACGAUACCGCGUUCAAUGCCACCGUGCGAGCGGGACCGCAGUAUUUUUACGCCCGUGCGAUAGAGAUACGAACGGCAACGGGUCAAUGUACGAAAUUAUUCGUGCUUGUCGUCCUUAUUUUACCAAUAAAAUCACAUGCUACAAGAUACUGUCGUGUCAUACAAAUGCAAGCUGUGAGUCCGCAAUAAUAGAUGUUUGAAUCGUGUGGCCAUUAAUAAUACGCGUGUUUCAAAUCGAUUACAUAGAAUUUUAUAAUAAAUGAAAUAUGCACGCUC